GAUACGGUUCGGACCUCCCCCCGCCCCGGUUCUGCCUCCAACUCUCCCACUCCAGCCGUUAAUCAAAGUCGUUGAUGAAACUUCAUCCCUCACCCGGAGGGAGAUUUGUCAAUACCCGCCCUGUCACCUUUCCUUUUAGUGCUUCUCUAUGUAUAUCACACACAAGAUCCAGAGCACAACCAAAAUUUUACGAAUAAAAUCCGCGAAAAAAAAAUCCCCUGCUUCUUCCCCCAGGUUGGGGUAAAUUCGGCAUCGGAUUAAUUCAAUGGAGGGAUCGGAGAGAGAGAACGGAGGGCAAUUAUCGUCGAUGGAUUCGGAGUCGCGGUGGGUGUUUCAGGACGACGAGGACGACGAGGAGGCAUCGGCGAUCGGAUAUGGCGAAGGCGACGAUGAAAAUGACGAUGCUGAUGGCUUAUUGUCGCCACGCAAUGGCACGAUGGACUCCGACGACGAUGAUAAUGAUAAUGCCGAGCAGCGGUUGAUUCGGACGGGGCCGAGGAUUGAUUCCUUUGACGUUGAAGCUCUUGAAGUACCUGGCGCUCACAGAAAUGAUUUUGAGGAAAUCACUGUGGGCAGGAAAUUUUUGCUGGCCUUUCAGACACUGGGUAUUGUUUUUGGUGAUGUGGGGACAAGCCCAUUAUACACCUUCAGCGUAAUGUUCAGCAAGGCCCCUGUCAAUGGAAAUGAAGAUGUUCUUGGUGCACUUUCUCUGGUAUUGUACACCUUGAUCCUGGUCCCACUGAUCAAGUAUGUCCUUAUUGUUCUCUGGGCCAAUGACGAUGGUGAAGGUGGUACAUUUGCAUUGUACUCAUUGAUAUGUAGGCAUGCUAAGGUUAGUCUUCUUCCGAAUCAGCUUCCUUCAGAUGCUCGUAUAUCAAGCUUCAGGCUGAAGGUGCCAUCUGCUGAACUUGAGAGGUCACUGAAAAUAAAGGAGAGGCUUGAAACUUCUUUGACUCUGAAAAAGCUGCUUCUGAUGUUAGUGCUUGCUGGUACUUCUAUGGUGAUAGCUGAUGGUGUUGUUACACCUGCAAUGUCAGUAACGUCUGCUGUUGGUGGCUUGAAGGUCGGUGUUUCUGGGAUAAAGCAAGAUGAAGUGGUGAUGAUCUCUGUCGCAUUUCUUGUAAUUCUGUUCAGUGUUCAGAAGUAUGGUACAAGUAAAGUUGGGAUUGUCGUUGGUCCUACCUUGUUCGUAUGGUUUUGUUCUCUUGCGGGUAUUGGCAUCUACAACCUUUUGAAGUAUGAUACAGGUGUUCUGAGGGCAUUCAACCCAAUUCACAUCUAUUAUUUCUUCAAACGUAACUCGACUAAGGCAUGGUAUUCUCUCGGAGGCUGUCUUCUUUGUGUCACAGGUUCAGAGGCAAUGUUUGCGGAUCUGUGCUACUUCUCUGUUAGAUCAGUUCAGCUCACUUUUGUGUUUGUUGUACUGCCUUGCCUUCUUUUGGGUUACCUGGGUCAAGCUGCCUACCUUAUGGAGAAUCAUGAUGAUACUACACAAGCUUUCUUCUCUUCUGUUCCAAGUGGGGCUUUCUGGCCAGUUUUGCUCAUUUCUAAUAUUGCUGCAUUGAUUGCCAGUAGGACAAUGACAACAGCGACUUUCUCUUGUAUCAAGCAAUCAACAGCACUUGGUUGCUUUCCUCGCCUGAAAAUUGUUCAUACAUCUCGAAAAUUCAUGGGCCAGAUUUAUAUCCCAGUUAUGAACUGGUUCCUCCUGUUUUUCUCAUUGGUGCUGGUCUGCACAAUCUCAAGUAUUUAUGAGAUCGGAAAUGCAUAUGGCAUUGCUGAGCUAGGAGUGAUGAUGAUGACUACAAUUCUAGUUACCCUUGUUAUGCUUCUGAUAUGGCAGAUAAACAUCAUCAUUGUGCUGAGCUUUGCUUGUAUCUUUUUGGGAUUGGAAUUGACAUUUUUUUCAUCAGUUUUAUGGAGUGUGGGUGACGGAAGUUGGAUCAUAUUAUUGUUUGCAAUUGUCAUCUUCUUAAUAAUGUACAUCUGGAAUUAUGGGAGCAAACUAAAGUAUGAAACUGAGGUCAAGCAGAAGAUGUCAAUGGAUUUGUUGCGGCAACUGGGUCCUAACCUUGGAACUGUCCGGGCUCCUGGUAUUGGUUUGCUUUACAAUGAGCUGGCAAAGGGCAUACCAGCAAUAUUUGGACAUUUCCUCACCACACUUCCUGCUGUGCAUUCCAUGAUCAUCUUCGUGUGCAUAAAGUAUGUUCCGGUUCCUGUAGUUCCCCAAAGUGAAAGAUUUCUGUUCCGUCGAGUCUGCCCUAAAAGCUUCCACAUAUUCCGCUGUGUUGCCCGAUAUGGCUACAAAGAUGUUCGGAAAGAAAAUCACCAGACAUUUGAGCAGCUGCUAAUUGAAAGUCUUGAAAAAUUUAUUCGUCGGGAAGCUCAGGAACGGUCGUUAGAGAGUGAUGGUGAUGGUGAUUCAGAUUCUGAAGAAGAGCACUCUUUCUCAAGGGUUCUUAUAGCUCCAAAUGGAAGUGUCUAUUCACUUGGUGUUCCUCUCUUGACUGAGUUCAGGGAUGCAAGCAAGUCUAGUGCGCAAGCAAGCACGUCAGAAGAGGUCAAGCCUGAGUCUUCUUCUAGUCCAACUUUGUCUGACGCUGAACAGAGUCUUGAGAAGGAGCUGUCAUUCAUACGCAAAGCCAAAGAAUCUGGGGUUGUUUAUCUUCUUGGUCAUGGAGAUAUUAGGGCAAGGAAAGAUUCCUGGUUCAUAAAGAAGCUGGUCAUAAAUUACUUUUAUGCUUUCUUGAGAAAAAACUGCAGGAGGGGGAUUGCAAACUUGAGCGUGUCACAUUCACAUUUGAUACAGGUUGGCAUGACUUACAUGGUGUGAAGUUUCUUGAUACGGGCUGCACUCUGAAAAAAAAUCUUACCUAGAUCACUAUGGCACCAAUAAUUUGGCCAGGCCGGUUGAUUGUUAGAAGUUCGGUGAGGGAUGGUGCAUUUAUCAUUUGAGGGAGCUUGAUCCUUAAACGUGAAGAAUUUUGCAUGCUGUCUGCUGGGUUGGGGCUGAACUUCUGCAUCAGAUAAUUUCGGUGUUCUGAUACAGUUACCGCGAAAUUUUGCAAUUAUUUUUAUGACUUGAACUCCCAUUCCCGUUAUAGUCUCCAUACCUUCAGGAGUCGCACAGAGUGAACAUACCGUGGCAGUCACUGGAGCUAUGUGAAUUUGAUGAUAUUUCACUAAUGUGGAAAAGCUGCUCGCUUAUUGUGUAACAUUGGGAUUGCUUAAUGUACAUCAUAUGAAUCUUCGACACAUGCAUAUUUAGUUGUGCUAAUGAAAAUAUUGCUACUGAUAUUGAUUGCCCGAUUUCACCUGAUUCCUGGGUGAUUGGCUUUGUUGCCUGCAUAUACUUUAAAUUUCCCC